UCCACCAAAACUCUGUCCACAUUGACUUAUUCAUCAUGUAUAUAUAUUGACAUGAAACAAACUCAUAUCUCCCACAUCUCCUACUUACCAUUUACUACUUUGUGAUUCAUUCAUUUGCCUAGUUUAGUUUUUGAAAAAUAUAACAUUAACAUCAAGUUAUGACUGAGAACCAGUUAUAUAGCUUUAUAACCAUGGAGAAGAAGAGUUCACUGUCUAAAUGCGACCAGUCCUCUUCUUUUUCUUUCCGUUUGUUUGGUCUGAUCAACUUCUUCCUCAUCAGUUUUUCCAGAUGGGUUUCUUUUGCUCAGACAUUUUUCUCCAGGUUCUGGCCUCUUCUUCACCACCAGCAAUGUGUUUCUGAGAAGAAGAGCAAAGAUCUCGAGUUCCAAACUUCGAUCAAACGCGAAGAUGACGGUCUUUGCAGAGAAGAUGUAGUGAUGGUGAUGAAGAGCUUAGGACUUGUCGCCGAUUCAGGAAGCGAGGGACUUCAAAAACGAUACAGUUCCGAGGAUCUUUCUAAUCUGUUUGAAGAGAAAGAGCCAAGCUUGGAGGAAGUGAAGCAAGCUUUUGAUGUCUUUGAUGAAAACAGAGAUGGGUUUAUCGAUCCAAUAGAUUUGCAAAGAGUUUUGACUAUCCUUGGCUUCAAGCAAGAAUCUAACCUUGAGAGUUGCAGGAGAAUGAUCAGAUCAUUCGAUGGAAAUAAAGACGGAAGAAUUGAUUUCUAUGGAUUUGUUAAAUUCAUGGAGAACCACUUCUGCUGAAGUCAGUAUUUCUUGAAGUAACAAUCUAUCAAUUUAUGCACUUGUUUUCUUCAUGCUUUUGAGAUUGUGUCUGUUAAUAUUGUUGUCUCAGAACCAUGUAUAAAUUUCUAAACUUUCGUA